GAGAGUGACGCGCUCUCAUAUUUGCUGUGUAAUAUUGAGGCGAGCGGGCCGGCCGGUGAAGACGGAAGAGAAGCUUUAUCGAAAUUAAAUUCCCGAAACCUUGAGCGCGUCUCCGAGGCGAUAAAGAGAAGGAGCCGCGGCCGCCUUUCAAACAUGGAGUAUCUAAUUGGGAUUCAAGGGCCGGACUUUGUGCUCGUCGCCGCAGAUACUGUCGCGGCAAACAGCAUCAUUCAGAUGAAACACGACCAUGACAAGAUGUUCAAGCUGAGUGAGAAGAUCCUGAUGCUGUGUGUGGGGGAGGCAGGAGACACGGUGCAGUUUGCAGAGUACAUCCAGAAGAACGUGCAGCUGUACAAGAUGAGGAACGGGUAUGAGCUCUCUCCCGCUGCGGCCGCCAACUUCACACGCAAGAACCUGGCCGACUACCUGCGGAGUCGGACUCCCUACCAUGUGAACCUGUUGCUGGCGGGCUAUGAUGAGCAGGCAGGGCCGGCGCUCUACUAUAUGGACUACAUGUCUGCCCUGGCCAAGGCCCCCUUCGCAGCGCACGGCUACGGAGCUUUCCUCACCCUGAGCAUCCUGGACCGCUACUACAAACCGGACCUGACCCGCGACGAGGCUGUGGAGCUGCUGAAGAAGUGCCUGGAGGAGCUGAAGAAGCGUUUCAUUCUCAGCCUGCCCUCCUUCAACGUGCGUCUCAUUGACAAGGACGGCAUCAAAGACCUGGAGAAGCUGCCCCUGGCUGCUGCCUGACCCCUGACCCCUCACCCCCACACACUGCUUUUCUACCCAAUAAAAUCGAUGACAUAAUCCUGGAA